ACUUUACUACGGCAAGCAGGAGGAGGAAAUUAAACCUUUGCACAUUGUUAGGCGGGUGCUGCUGUUGAUCGAAAAACUUUGGUGGAAACGUUAGUUUGUCGUAAGUAAAUAAUGACAGGGUUUAGUCGUUGUGAAAGUUAAGUGAAACUCCUGAAUGCUGUCGUUAGCGGUCUAACGUUAGCUAGGUAACUUAUUCUCGCAAAGCUAAAAACAAGCGUAACAUUACUUAGCCGCAUCUAGCUAGCUAACUUAACUUAACGUCCAUUCACUUUCUUUCAUCUUUAGGGCACACUUUGCGUGUUAUUUCCUAACAGCAGAGUUCCACGCAAACUAGCAGUUAACAAUGCAAGACCAUGGUAGUCUUGAGAGAAGGAAUGUGUCCCGGACUAGAUGAGGCUUUAGUCCGUGACCUACGUGCUGCCGAUAUUAAAACAGUGGAGGACGUGGUCUCGUCUGACAUUGAGGAACUUGCUCAGAGAUGCUCUGUAUCAUAUAAGGCUCUAUUUGCCAUCCGCCGAGUGCUGCUGGCCCAACACACAGCAUUCCCUGUGUCAGGCGCUGAUCUGUAUGAAGAACUAUUGAGCUCAACAGCCAUCCUCUCCACUGGAAAUCCCAGCUUAGAUAAACUGCUGGAUUCAGGCUUGUAUACUGGAGAGAUAACAGAGCUGUCAGGAGGCCCAGGAAGUGGCAAAUCUCAGGUGUGCUUCGGUGUGGCAGUGCACAUUUCUUACCAGCUGAAACAGAGUGUAAUAUUUCUCGAUACGACAGGAGGGCUGACUGCCAGUCGCUUGCUUCAAAUGCUCCAAGCUGAAACAAGUAGCACAGAAGAGCAGGCGUCUAUUGGCGGUGGCUCUGUCAAGGCAGUGAUCGUAGACUCUGUGUCAGCUGUUAUCUCUCCUCUACUGGGAGGCAAACAAAAUGAAGGCAUGUCCUUGAUGAUACAAGUGGCAGGAGUUCUCAAGACAUUGGCAAAGGACUUCAAUGUUGCUGCUUUGGUUACAAACCAUGUUACGAGGAGUGGCAGCGGGGAGGUGCAGCCGGGCCUCGGCGUGUCGUGGAGUCCCAUCCCCAGAACCAGGAUCCUGCUGGAGCGAGUAGAGAGGGUUGCGCCUGUCAGCCACUCAAGCAUGCGCUCUGCAACGCUGAUCAAGUCUUCCAGACAGCCUUGUUACAUCCAAGCCGAGUUUGACUUGCAGUGGUGGAGUUGCUCUAAAGAAGCAUCAUCAGGAAAGAGGAAACUGGAUGAGACUGAUUCCUGAUGACAGCCGACUAAAAAACCCCUGACCUAAGGGAGGUACGACCCGUCUCUUGCGGAUACAUUCCCAGAUCCAGCUUGGUGAGACUUUCUGGGCCUUGCUAUCGUCUUCAGGUUCUGCCAGCGUAUGCGUGGCUGAAGCAGCGUCGUAGUCCGGUACGAGGUCUCCGUCAUAUGCCACAAAGUACCUCUUCAAUUUGUCAAAGUCCUGCACUGAAACGGGCAGGAAAAGCUUCACCCCACUGAAGAUGUCCAGCAACGUCUACAGAAAAAAAAGUUUAAGAGGACACACAUGAACAUACUGCCCAAAUUUGGAGUUUUUUAAGCUGCAUAGCGUUCAAUUAAUACUUAAGUCCAACAUGUUAAAAU